AUGGCCGGGGCCUUCCUGGGGCUUCCCGCGGGCUGGGCGGGGCUCAUCGACCGCUGGGGCGUCCCCGCGCUCCAGGCCUGGGUCGCGCGCUGCCCGGCGGUGGAGCUCCCGCCGUGCCCAGCGUGCCCGGGCUGCAGCUGCCCAGCCUGCCCGCCCUGCCCUGGUGCCUCCGUGGGCGCGACCACGGGCACUGUCGCACUCGCCUGCGGAGGGGCCGCGCUGGCUGGCGCGUCGCUCGGGGCCCUCGGCACCUUCACGGCGCUCCGGCUCUGGCCGCCGCACGGGGGUGUUGCGGAGGGCCGCGGCCGACCCGUGACGGCGUGGGCGUGGGUCCUCUACAACGUGGUCGGCGCGCCGCUGUUCAACCAGAGGAGGGUGGCAGGCCAGCUGGCGCUCACGAGUGACGUGAUCAUCGUGACCCCAGAUGACAUGGUCUAUGCCGAGACCUUGCUGACGGCGGGGCCCGACAUCUCGGCGGUGCGGUUCUCGGCUACGAGGUGGCCGCCGCCGCCGGGGAUCGACCCUUGCGCGACGCACAGGUUCCGCCAGGCCCCCUCGGCGGCGCGCGAGGCGGCCUGGCUGGCGGCCGCCGUCGCGGAGGCCGACGCCGAGUUCGGCCGCCGCCAUCCAGGGGUGCCCGUGCCGCCUGGGGGCACCCUGGUGCCGAUGGCGGGCGGCCUGCUGCCGGGGUUCGUGGCGCCCGCGCCCGCGCCGGCCGCCAUCGUCGUGCCCGUGCCGCCUCCAGGGGGGGCUGCCGCCGCACCGCCCGCGGCCGGGGCGCCAGUGGGCUGGUCAUGGGUGCUCGCCGAGGAUGCAGGCGGCCUCGCCUACGGCUCGGUGGUGCAGGUCGGCCCGAUCGGUGGCACGAUCUUGGCCGCGCGAGCGGGCCGAAGAGCGACCAUCAACCUCGUCGGAGGUGUCUCCGCCAUGGCGUUCCUCCUGGAGGACAGGCGGCGAGGUGAUUUCAUCGACAAGUGGCGGGGGGCCGACGCGAGGAUCUUGGCGCGCACGCCGGGCGUUCGCCUGGCACGGAGCUGGCUCGCAGUGACCGAGUCGGCGGCGGAAGUGGUUGACCCCAGCUUCACCUUGCAGCCGAGGUCCGCGGGCUGGUGCGUGGCGUGGCUGCUGCGGGAGGGCGGGCCCAUCCAGCACCACGAGAGCUGGAAGUCCCGCAAGAGGCUCACCUCCUCGGACUGGGGCGUCUCGGAGCACCACACGCUCUCCACCGUGCUGGAGGACCUCGCCACGCACGACGAGGUGAACGUGACGAACCUCCUCGGCGCGGAGCGUCUUCAGAGGAAGAUGCAGCUGAUCGAGCACUUCUGGGACGAGAAGCAACGGGAGCAGGAUGCCGGGCAGCUGAAGCUGCCGGUGGAGGAGGUCUCCGCUUUCAUGGGCGGCACGGGUCCGUCGAGUCGCCCAAGCAGCAUGGCGUGCCCCGCCCUGCGUGACGUGGUCGGCAAGGAGCUCGAGCGCAUCAGUCAGAUCAAGAAGAACGCCCGCAAGCUGCGGGAGGAGGCGAAAGCCGCCGCUGGGCCGAAAGCCAGCGGAGCCAAGGCAUGA